AUGGCGAGUUCAGAAGAAACGGCAUCCGCAGAAGCGCCGACCACCGGCUCCAAAAGGCCGGCCCUGGACAUCGAGAGCCUGCAGAAGAAAAAGUUCAAGACAGAGGAUCUGCCUCUGUCUGUCGCGCAGCAUGCCGCGAUUGAGAAUCUUCUGAAAGCGUUCAAGAAGAAGGGUUGUUUUGACAAUGUCAGGAAGAAAAUCUGGGCAGAGUUCAAUGAGUCGUCUCUCAUUGAGCUUGCAGAAGCGGAAAUUGACCGGGAACCUGCUCACCUGUCACGCGAGCGAGGAAAAGCAGCCACCUUGAUCGAAGGCGCUGUCGAUCGAAGCGACAUCUACAAAACUGUCGAGAGCGCUAUCGAGUCGAUAGCAUCCCGUCAUCUGGAAUCCAUGCUGGAAUCAAUCAGGGACAUUCGGCGACAGGAAGUCGGGGAAGAAGUCGCUGCGCGAGAGGAGGCAGCCGGCAACAAGACGGAUGAGGACUACGAACGCUACGUCAGGCAAAAGCGCGAGGAACGUGAAAGGGCAAGACAGGAAGCUCUUCGGGAGCAGAAACGUCGGGAAGAGGAAGAAGCCAGAGCCAGAGCAGAGGAAGAGCGCAGACAGCGCGAAAUCCAACGACAGAAGGAGGAAGAAGAAAGAGCGAAGGAGAGAGAGCGCGAAGAAAGGAGACGAGCUGAGCGGGAGCGCAUACGGGAGGAGCAACGGGCGCUUGACGAGCAAAGGGAAAGAGAAAGACAGGAACGGUACGAGCGGAGGAGACGAGAAGAAUCCGAGCGGGAUCGAGAGCGCGAAAGAGAUCGGGAUCGAGAUAGAGACAGAGAUUAUGAUCGUUAUCGUGACCGUGACCGCGACCGUGACCGUGAUUAUGAGCGUCCACGGGGCUAUGAUCGUUAUGAAGGAUCCUCCCGCUACCGUGACUCUUCCCGCUACCGUGAUUCUUCUCGCUACCGGGACUGGAGAAGAGAACGUUCCCCGACACCGAAGGAUCCGACUCCUCCUCCACCGGAGCCUGUCGACGACAAGACCCUGGAGGAGACUGCGCUGCAGUUGCUCCUGAAAGAAGGCGAGGAAAUGGCGGCAAAAGCACGGCAGAAGCCCGAAUUUGACUUUGAGGAGGCAGAGGCUAUUGAAAGUGGCCGCAAGCCUCCGCCUCGUCCCAAGAGUGGCACCGAGUCGAGGUAUUCAGUCACGCCAGCGACAGCAAAACCUCGGGAGACUCGGAGUCCAUCUCAAGCCGCAGUCGGUCUCGUACCAGACGAUCAUCUCGAUACGAUGGAGAAAGUCGACGCGACAGCAGAGAUUUAUCGCGGGACGGAUCUCUGCGAGCUCGAGAUCGUGAUGCCGAUGACCGACUCUCGAUUCGCGACUAUAGGGACGACAGAAGUCACAGAACGAGUCAUCGCAGCCGCAGUCGGUCUACCGUACGGGGCUACAAUAGAGACCGAGAAAGCAGCCGUGAUCGGGAUCGGGAUCGGUACUAUCGUGACCGCGGGUAUGAUCGGUACGGAGGUCGGGAUCGAUAUUAUCGGGAUCGCAGCCGCGACCGUGAUCACUCCUGCGAUACGGAUAGGGAUCGGGGUAGGGACCGAGAUCGAGACCGAGAAGACCGCCGCCGCCGCAGCUAUUACUCGCGCUCCCGGUCCCGUUCACGAUCUCGUUCGUAUGGCCGCUAUCGCCGGCGGUCACGGUCGCGGUCUGAAUCGCGCUCUCGCACCCGGAGAAGCCAUCGCGAUCGGUCGUACUCUCGCCCUGCGAGGUGGCGAUCCCGUUCCCGACGACGGUCGCGGUCGCCCAGCCAGCUCGAGAUUGACCGCUAUGUGCCUCCGACCAGCAACCGCAGUCGAUCGCCCCGUCGUCGCAUCCGCUCUCCGGGCAGGGAUCGAGAUGAUCGGCCACGGUUUGUCGAGAUCGAUCGGUAUAUUCCUGGGGGAAGAGGCCGAGAUAGAGACCGGGACCGGGACCGGGACUGGGAUCGUGAGCGCAGCCGUUCUCGUUCUCGCUCUCGUAUUCGGACUCGCUCUCGCUCUCGUUCUCGCAGUCGUUCUCGCCAUCGCGAUCGUGACCGUAGCCACGACCGUGACCGAGAAAGGGAGAGGGAAAGGGAAGGAGAAAAGGACAAGGAUGAGGAGCGAGAUCGAGACAGGGAUAGAGACACUGACCGGGGAAGAGACAGAGAGGAGAGACACAGAGACCGGAGCCGGGAGAGGGACCGGGACAGGGACCGGGACAAAGAGAGAGAUAGGGAUGAAGAGGACGAUACCAGAAGAAGCAGUCACCACCGGAGCAGCAGUCGGUGAUGUUAGAAUCAUGUCAACUAAGGAGAACCUGUCAAAAAUAGAUGUACUGUACAAUAAUAAAUAA